UACAUUUUUUUGACAUUUCAAUUUACAAUCACAUUCCACGUUUUAACGCGAAUAAUUUUAUGAUGGCAACAAACCCUCUUGAUCGCAUCAGUGCAUCGAAGAAAGUCAUUAUUAAAAUGUCCGGGUUAAACUUAACAGUUCGCGUCCAUCCUGUCGUUCUAUUUCAAGUUGUUGAUGCUUACGAGCGACGCAAUGCUGAUUCCCAUCGUGUGAUUGGUACUCUUUUGGGUAGUGUUGAUAAAGGCGUUGUUGAAGUAACUAACUGCUUCUGUGUUCCACACAAGGAACACGAUGAUCAAGUUGAAGCAGAACUUAGCUAUGCUUUAGAUUUAUUUGAUCUAAAUCGCAAAGUUAAUCCAAACGAAAAUGUUGUUGGUUGGUGGGCGACUGGAAAUGAGGUUACAAAUCAUAGUUCUGUAAUACAUGAGUAUUAUGCACGCGAAUGUAAUAAUCCGGUACAUUUGACGGUAGACACUUCGCUGCAAGGUGGACGUAUGGGUUUACGCGCCUAUAUAUGUAUACAGUUAGGAGUCCCAGGAGGUAAAACUGGCUGUAUGUUUACACCAAUACCAGUAGAGGUAAAUUCUUAUGAACCAGAGGUUUUUGCAUUAAAAAUUUUACAAAAAACUAUGGGAGUGUCACCACCACAUCGUCCAAAAACUGUUUCGCCUAUGUUGGAUUUAACACAAAUCUCUGAUGCAGCUAAUAAAUUACAAGGAUUACUUGAUUUAAUUUUGAAAUAUGUGGAAGAUGUUAUUGCGCAUAAACAAACUCCAGACAAUGCUGUAGGUCGUCAACUGCUUGAUUUAAUACACUCUGUGCCACACAUGUCGCAUGAACAAUUCACCCAAAUGUUUAACGCUAAUGUACGAGACGUUUUGAUGGUUAUUACAUUAUCCCAACUAAUUAAGACACAGUUAUUACUAAACGAGAAGCUAACUUUCCUACCAACAAAAACAAAUUAAACAAGUGAAAUUUAC